UCUGUUCUCUCAUCCCAACUCUGUCUUCCUCCUUCCAUUUCUCUUCUUGUUCAUAUUACCAAAGCAUUCCCCACAUUGCUGAACCACGGAGCAAGAAGAAGCAGAGGAUUAAGGAGGCGCCGUACCAUUUUUAGUGACGAACAGAGACGAUCAAACCCAAUAGGACUCCGCCGCCGGCGAGCUUCUCUCAGACUUCACCCCUUUUCCCCCUCACGCUUUCUCUCCCCGUCGCCGGCAGCAAUGGCGGACGCCGAGGGAGCCCCGCCGCGAUACUCAACUUCCACCGACGAGACGCGCACCACGUCACGCACCACGAGCUGCUCCACCCAGACCACCACCACGACCGUCACGACCGAUCCCGGCUCUCCGACGACCAAGCUCCUCAAAGCCGCCCUCCCGGCGCGGCCGGGAACCUACGUCAUCCAGAUCCCCAAGGACACCAUCUACAAGAUCCCGCCGCCGGAGAACGCCAAGCGAUUCGAGCAGCUCACAAAUAAGAACCCCGGCGGCGGCCGCAGCCGCCGAUGCUGUGGCGGCGGCGCCCGCCUCUGGCUCUGGGCGUCAAUUUCCUUCUUCGCCGCCUUCCUAUUCCUCAUCGCCACCGGCGUCGGCGUCUUUUACCUCGCCGUCCGGCCGGAAUCCCCUCGAUUCGUGAUCCAAUCGGCGUCGAUCGAGGGGUUCAACUCAUCUGGACCGAUCUCCCCAAGAUUUGAACUCGCCGUCGCGGCUCACAACAGAAACAAGAAGAUGGGCGUGCUCUACCAGCAGGGGAGCUCCGCCGCCGUGUACUACAACGGAAUCGAGCUGGUGGCCGGCUCGAUCCCGGCUUUCGAACAGGGGAAGGACGAGCUGACGAGUUUUAAGACGGCGUUGAAAGGGGAGGGGAUCGUGCUCACGAGCGCCGUCCGGCGGUCAUUGAGCGACGGCGAGAACAGAGGCACGGUGCCGUUUCGGCUGACGGUGACGGCGCCGGUUAAGUUUAGGUUAGGGGCGGUGAAGUCGUGGACGGUUACCGUGAAUGUUGACUGUGAGUUGACAGUGGAUAUGUUAACGGAGAAUGCGAAGAUCGUUUCACAGAAAUGUGAUUCAAGCGCCAAAAUCUGGUAGACGUUACCAAACAAGAAAAAAGGAAAAAAAAGAGUUAGGGAGUGUUUGAUUGUAUAGAAAGUUAGAGCAUAAAAUUAAUUUAGGAGGAUGGGUUUAAUUUAUUAAUUUUCCUCUCUUCCCUAAUUCUAAUUCAUUUUCCUUCUUUUUUUUCCCCAUAUACAUACUCUUUAUUUUUUUGUUUAUUUUCUUUUACUUUUGGUCUUUGUUUUUAUGAGUAGGAGGUGAAAAUUUCAAAUAUUGAAAUGUAAUCCCGGAAUUAAAUUUUGUUUCUGGAUGGAUUACGACGAGAUGAGAUGUGUACAAUUGAUGAGUGAUGUAAUUGUAAAUGAUACUUUUCGGAUGUUGAGUAUUGCAAUUUUUUUUUAUUUUCGUGCAUU